AUGCCUUUCAAGCCCGUGGAACAGGCCAAGUGCCCAAAAUGCGGCAAGUCGGUGUACGCCGCUGAAGAAAUGUUGGCUGCCGGCCAGAAGUGGCACAAAACAUGCUUCAAAUGCGGUCUCUGCCACAAGAGGUUAGACAGUACGAAUGCCACAGAGCACGGCGGUGAGCUGUACUGCAAACAGUGCUACGGAAGGAAGUUCGGACCCAAGGGUUACGGAUUUGGUGGUGGUGCAGGAUGCCUUAGCAUGGACAAGGGUGAACAUCUUGGAAACACAGAAUGCUCUAUGGCAAACAAGCCCACUCUGGAUCCAACUUAUGGCUAA